UGCAAUUAUUGGCCGUUUUGUUUUGCUCACAACAUUCGCUUACGGCACUGAAAUUUUCAGUCUCGUGUGAAUUUCGUAUAUUUACGUAAAUUAUAGAAUAAAAUCGAAAUAGAGUAAAUUAUGUCGCGACACGCAUUAAUCGGCGGAGGAACGGGAUUUAUUGGUAAAGGUUUAAACAAACAUUUGAUCAAAAAUGGUUAUGAUGUCACUGUAAUAUCCCGAAUGCCUGGGCUAAAGCGCAUAACCUGGUUGGAACUGGAGCGGAACGGAAUUCCAAAUGGUAUUACAGCUGUUGUCAAUUUGGCUGGACAAAAUGUCUUAGAUCCAAGUCGACGCUGGACAGAUGGUUUUAAACAAAAUGUGUGGACUUCUCGUGUUAACACAAGUGCAGCAUUAGUGAAAGCCAUUGCAGAUGCACCUCAAGUGAAAGCUUUUGUGAAUGUAUCAGGAGUAAGUCACUAUAAACCUGAUGAUAAGCAUAUUUAUACUGAGAGCGAUCCAGUAGAAGGAUUUGAUUUUAUGUCGAAGUUAUGCUUAGAGUGGGAGAAAGCAGCAACAUUACCAGGGAAUGUUAAGCACUGUAGGGGCGUUAAAAUACGUACUGGGGUUGUAAUAGGACGAACAGGUGGAAUGAUUCAGAAUAUCUGGCUUCCUUUCCAAUUGGGUUUAGGCGGUCCUCUAGGCAGUGGAAAACAAAUUCUGCCUUGGAUUCAUUUAUAUGAUUUAUGCCAACUAGUACAAAGCAGUAUCGAAAAUGAUAAAAUAGAGGGUGUAAUGAACGGUGUGGCACCGGAAAUUGUAACUAAUGGCCAAUUUUCAAAGGCCUUUGCUUCCGCUUUACGACGUCCUUGUCUAUUCGCAGUACCAGAGUUUGUAGUACAAGCGCUGUUUGGCAAAGACCGUUCUGCAUUACUUCUAUCCGGCGCUAAGGUUCAACCGAAAAGAACUCUGGAAAGUGGUUUUAAAUUUAAGUAUCCCACAGCGAAGGAAGCAUGUUUAGAAGUUGUUCAAAAAAAUUAAAUUUCAUUAGAAAAUACUUAAACCGCACAUACAUAUGUAUAUAUGUGUGUAUAUAUAAAUAAUUUUUUAUUCGAAUUGUUUGCUAAGAAAAAAUGUGUAGUCUGUACUUAAUAACGAAAAAUAUUUUCAUUUUGAAUCUCUACUUGCCUGGUAACGCUGUGAAUAAUUCUGACACGUCAGUUGUCAGCUGUCAAUUUAAGCAGAAUUUUCUAUCGUUUGUACAACUAGAAAAGUUAAACGUAAAAGCAAACAAAUCUUAUUAUUCGAUUUUAGUUUAUAAUAAACCAAAGAUAGUACUUUAA